GGUGAUGCUCCUGACAGCUUCGCUCCAGAAGUUGAAACAGUUAGCGCCUCCUUUCCUUGUGCGGGCUGUAGGUGUCGGGGCCAUGGGGAUGGUCAGUUCUGUUUGCUCACAUAACAGCUCCCUUUCCCUAGGCCUCAGGUUCAGCAUGUUCCACACAAGGCCAGAGGCCCUGGUGCUCCUGGGAUUUCUACUGUCAGGACCGCUGGAUGCAGAGGGCAACAAGGAUGAACUCUCACUGCCCUGGGAAGUGCAGCGCUAUGACGGCUGGUUCAACAACCUGAGGCACCAUGAGCGUGGCGCUGCAGGUUUCCGGCUGCAGCGCCUUGUACCGGCCAAUUACGCGGACGGUGUGUAUCAGGCUCUGGGGGAGCCUCUGCUGCCCAACCCGCGUAGACUUAGCGCCGCCGCCACGCAGGGGAGGGCGGGGCAGCCGUCGCUCCACGAUCGCACGGUGCUGGGGGUCUUCUUCGGCUAUCAUGUGCUCUCAGACCUGGUGAGUGUGGAGAGACCUGGCUGCCCUGCCGAGUUCCUCAACAUCCGCAUCCCACCCGGAGACCCAGUGUUCGAUCCCCAGGAGCGCGGGGACGUGGUGCUGCCCUUCCAGAGGAGCCGCUGGGACCCCAAGACGGGACAGAGCCCCAGCAACCCCCGGGACCUGACCAACGAGGUGACCGGCUGGCUGGACGGCAGCGCCAUCUAUGGCUCCUCGCACUCCUGGAGCGACGCGCUGCGGAGCUUCUCCGGGGGAGAGCUGGCGGCGGGGCCCGACCCCGCCUUCCCCCGCGACGCGCAGCAGCCCCUGCUCAUGUGGACCCCGCCAGACCCCGCGACCGGGCAGCGCGGCUCCCGGGGACUGUACGCCUUCGGGGCCGAGCGAGGGAACCGGGAGCCCUUCCUGCAGGCGCUGGGCCUGCUCUGGUUCCGCUACCACAACCUGUGGGCGCAGAGGCUGGCCCGCGAGCACCCGCGCUGGGGGGACGAGGAGCUGUUCCAGCACGCGCGCAAGAGGGUCAUCGCCACCUACCAGAACAUCGCUAUGUAUGAGUGGCUGCCCAGCUUCCUGCGGAAAACACCCCCAGAGUAUGCAGGGUACCGCCCUUUCCUGGACCCCAGCAUCUCCCCGGAGUUCUUGGCAGCCUCUGAGCAGUUCUUCUCCACCAUGGUGCCCCCUGGCGUCUACAUGAGAAAUGCCAGCUGUCAUUUCCAGAAGGUUCAGAACAAGAAUGUCAGCUUCCCGGCUCUCAGGGUCUGCAACAGCUACUGGAUUCGCGAGAGCCCCAAUCUGAACAAUGCCCAGGCGGUGAAUCAGCUGCUGCUGGGAAUGGCCUCCCAGAUUUCGGAGCUGGAGGACAGGAUAGUGGUUGAAGAUCUGAGGGAUUACUGGCCUGGUCCUGGCAAGUUCUCCCGCACUGACUACGUGGCCAGCAGCAUCCAACGUGGCCGAGAUAUGGGGCUGCCCAGCUAUAGCCAGGCCCUGCUGGCCUUGGGGCUGGAGACCCCAAAGAGCUGGCGUGACCUCAACCCCAACGUGGAGCCCCAGGUGUUGGAGGCCACCGCUGCCCUCUACAACCAGGACCUGUCCCUGCUGGAGCUGCUCCCUGGGGGGCUCCUGGAGAGCCACGGGGACCCUGGGCCCCUCUUCAGUGCCAUUGUCCUCAAUCAGUUUCUGCGGUUGCGGGACGGCGACCGCUACUGGUUUGAGAACACCAGAAAUGGGCUGUUUUCCGAGGAGGAGAUAGUGGAAAUCAGGAACACCACCCUGCGGGAUGUGCUGGUAGCUGUCACCAAUGUGGACCCCAGUGCCCUGCAGCCCAAUGUCUUUGUCUGGGAUGAGGAUGCUCCCUGCCCUCAGCCCCAGCAGCUCACAACUGAGGACCUGCCCCCCUGUGUGCCCCUGACCGUGUCGGACUACUUCGAGGGCAGUGGUCCUGGUUUUGGCAUCACCGUCGUGGCUCUCUGCUGCCUUCCCCUAGUGAGUCUGAUCAUCGCUGGGAUAGUGGCCCAUUUCCGAGGCCAAGAACGCAAGAAGCUACAAAAGAAAGGCAAAGAGAGUGUGAAGAAGGAUGCGGCUAAAGAUGGGUUACCAGCGAUGGAGUGGCCAGGCCCCAGGGAGAGGAGCUACCCCAUCACCAUCCAGCUGCUCCCAGACAGGCAUCUGCAGGUCCUGGACAGGCAUCUCUCCGUGCUCCGCACCAUCCAGCUGUGGCCCCUACAGCAGGUCAACCUCAUCCUGUCCAGCAACCGUGGAUGCCGUGCCCUGCUGUUUAAGAUCCCCAAGGAGUAUGACCUGGUGCUGCUGUUUAACUCCGAGGAGGAGCGGGCCGCCUUCGUGCAGCACCUGCGGGGCUUCUGCGAGCACUGGGCUCUGGGCCUCCAUGUGUCUGAGAUGGGUGAGAAGGAGCUGUUCAGGAAUGCCGUGACCAAGCAGCAGCGGGAACGCAUCCUCGAGGUCUUCUUCAGACACCUUUUUGCCCAGGUGCUGGAUAUUGACCAGGUGGCCAAAGGGACCCUGCCCGAGGACUCACCACAGAAGGUGCGGGAGGCCCUGACAUGCGAACUGAGCAGGGCUGAGUUUGCUGAAUCCCUGGGCCUGAAGCCCCAGGACAUGUUUGUGGAGUCCAUGUUCUCUCUGGCCGACAAGGAUGGCAAUGGCUACCUGUCCUUCCGGGAGUUCCUGGACAUCCUGGUGGUCUUCAUGAAAGGCUCCCCAGAGGACAAGUCCCGCCUGAUGUUCACCAUGUAUGACCUUGAUGCAAAUGGCUUCCUCUCCAAGGAUGAAUUCUUCACCAUGAUGCGGUCCUUCAUCGAGAUCUCCAACAACUGCCUGUCCAAGGACCAGCUGGCCAAGGUGGUGGAGUCCAUGUUCCAUGAAUCGGGCUUCCAGGACAAGGAGGAGCUGACGUGGGAGGACUUCCACUUCAUGCUGCGGGACCACGACAACGAGCUCCGCCGCACGCAGCUCUGCGUCAAGGGUGGAGGUGUUGGGGACAUCUUCAAACAAAAUAUCAGCUGUCGAGUCUCAUUCAUCACUCGGACUCCUGAGAAAAUAUCCUGCCCCAAUGGACGGGGGCUCUCUGCCUUAGAAGUCCCAGAGCCGAGAGGCCAUGGGUUGAAGAAGAGGUUUGGCAAAAAGGUGGUGGUGCCCCCUCCCCGGCCAUACACGGAGGCGCUGCGGGAGAAGAUGCAGCGAGGCUUCCUGGCCCAGAAGCUUCAGCAGUACAAGCGCUUCGUGGAGAACUACCUGCGGCACAUCGUGUGCGUUGCCAUCUUCUCAGCCAUCUGUGCCGGCCUGUUUGCAGAGCGUGCUUACUACUACGGCUUUGCAUCGCCGUCCUCAGGCAUCGCGGAGACCACCCUUGUGGGCAUCAUCCUGUCGAGGGGCACAGCGGCCUGCGUCUCCUUCAUGUUCUCCUACAUCCUGCUCACCAUGUGCCGCAACCUCAUCACCUUCCUGCGAGAGACCUUCCUCAACCGCUACGUGCCCUUCGAUGCCGCCGUGGACUUCCACCGCUGGAUCGCCAUGGCUGCCGUUGUCCUGGCCAUUUUGCACAGUGCUGGCCAUGUGGUCAACGUCUACAUCUUCUCAGUCAGCCCCCUCAGCUUGCUGGCCUGCAUCUUCCCCAAUGACUUCAUGAAUGAUGGGUCCCAACUUCCCCAGAAGUUCUACUGGUGGUUCUUCCAGACGGUCCCAGGUGUGACGGGGGUGCUCCUGCUCGUGGUGCUGGCCAUCAUGUAUGUCUUCGCCUCCCACCACUUCCGCCGCCACAGCUUCCGGGGCUUCUGGCUGACCCACCACCUCUACAUCCUGCUCUAUGUCCUGCUCAUCAUCCACGGCAGCUUUGCCCUGAUCCAGCUGCCCCGUUUCCACAUCUACUUCCUGGUCCCAGCGCUGAUCUAUGGGGGAGACAAGCUGGUGAGCCUGAGCCGGAAGAAGGUGGAGAUCAGCGUGGUGAAGGUGGAGCUGCUGCCCUCAGGAGUGACCCACCUGCAGUUCCAGCGGCCUCAAGGCUUUGAGUACAAGUCGGGGCAGUGGGUGCGGAUCGCCUGCCUGGCUCUGGGGACCACCGAGUACCACCCUUUCACACUGACCUCUGCACCCCAUGAGGACACGCUCAGCCUGCACAUCCGGGCAGUGGGACCCUGGACCACUCGCCUCAGGGAGAUCUACUCACCCCCGACGGGCGACAGCAGUGCCCGAUACCCGAAGCUGUACCUCGAUGGACCAUUUGGAGAGGGCCACCAGGAGUGGCAUAAGUUCGAAGUGUCAGUGCUGGUAGGAGGGGGCAUUGGGGUUACCCCCUUUGCCUCCAUCCUCAAAGACCUGGUGUUCAAGUCAUCCUUGGGCAGCCAGAUGCUCUGUAAGAAGAUCUACUUCAUCUGGGUGACGCGGACGCAGCGGCAGUUCGAGUGGCUGGCUGACAUCAUCCGGGAGGUGGAGGAGAAUGAUCACUGUGACCUGGUGUCUGUUCAUAUCUACAUCACGCAGCUGGCUGAGAAGUUUGACCUCAGGACCACAAUGCUGUACAUCUGUGAGCGGCACUUCCAGAAGGUUCUGAACCGCAGUCUGUUCACGGGCCUGCGCUCUGUCACCCACUUUGGCCGUCCCCCCUUCGAGCCCUUCUUCAACUCCCUGCAGGAGGUUCACCCACAGGUGAAGAAGAUUGGGGUGUUCAGCUGUGGCCCUCCAGGAAUGACCAAGAAUGUAGAGAAGGCCUGUCAACUCAUCAACCGGCAGGACCGGGCCAACUUCAUGCACCACUACGAGAACUUCUGAGCUGCCCUCCCCGACUCACAAUGCCAGUCUGCUGCCCUCCCCUCUGUGAAGGAAGGUUGCCCAGGCCUUCCAGUAACUUCUCUAUCAGAAUCCACCUCAGGCCCCGGCUGGAGAGCCGCAGGAGCCCCUCCCUCAUUGCC